GCAAUUUCAUUCAGAACGUCGGCCUAGAGCUGUCCAACGAACUCUGGGGACUCCCUCCCGAGGGAAAAUUUUGUCGAAUUGCGGAUGCGGAGGAUCAGCUGGAGGCCUGCGCAACUGUGCCCGCCUGCGAUGCCCUGCAGAUGAUUUCCGGCACGGCCAACGGGGAGUGCAGCCGGUGUCAGUUCCUCAACGCCUCAGAGCAGCAGGUGCGCGCAGGCCUUGCCAAGCAGCCGCUGCCCGACGAGUUCCCUACAGGCUCACAGAGACUUAGCGGGCAUUCUGAGGCCCCUUGA